UGUUUGCAUUUGAUCUAAAUCUCUCGCAGGUGCCAUUCAAAUUAUAAACAACAAUAAGCGCUCAUUAAAAGUUAAUGCCGUGCGAGCAUCAAUUUAAUGAUAAUGAAAACAAACCAUUCGAAUAAAAUUAAAAUAAUUUCUUCCAUUGCUGUUACGACCACAGCCGGUCAUGUCUAGCUUGGUGAUGUCACGUGCGGAGGAUUUUAUUGAUUGGUGGCAGCACACGGUCUUCUAUCAAAUCUACCCGCGCUCCUUUAUGGAUAGCAAUGGGGAUGGCAUUGGCGAUUUGAAGGGAAUUACUUUAAAGCUGCCCUAUCUCGCUGAGACGGGCAUUAAAGCCACCUGGCUGAGUCCGAUAUUCGCCUCCCCCAUGGUGGAUUUUGGUUACGACAUAUCGGAUUAUAGGAGCAUACAACCUGAGUAUGGCACCAUGGCGGAUUUCGAGGAGCUAGUGGCCACCGCUUAUGGACUGGGCAUUAAAAUUAUUCUAGACUUCGUGCCCAAUCACACAUCGGAUCAGCACGAGUGGUUCAAGAAGUCGGCCCAGAAUGAUCCAGUGUACCGGGACUUUUAUGUCUGGGCUGAUGCCAUACUUGAUGGGGAUAAUGGGCCACAUCCACCCAAUAACUGGCAAUCUGUGUUCUAUGGCUCAGCAUGGACAUGGCACCCAGAACGCAAACAAUACUAUUUACACCAGUUUACCAAAGAGCAGCCGGAUUUGAAUUUCAGAAAUCCUGAAGUUGUCAAAGCCAUGGAUGAGGUGCUCACAUAUUGGCUGGAUAAAGGCGUGGCGGGUUUCCGAAUUGAUGCUGUAAACCAUCUAUUCGAAAACGUGAAUCUAGAUAAUGAGCCAGUGAGUGGCAAAACAGAGGAUCCAUUGUCCUAUAGCUAUACGGAGCAUAUUUACACGAAAGAUUUGCCCGAAGUGCUCGAAAUGGUGCAGCAUUGGCGCCGCCUGCUUGAUGAGUACAGUGCCACUCAUACGAAUGGUCCCACACGCAUAAUGAUGACCGAAGCUUAUGCCCCACUCCAGAAACUGAUGGACUACUACGAGGAUGAGAGUGGUGUGCAUGGCUCACAUUUGCCCUUUAACUUCCAUUUCAUUACCGACGUUGGCGCCACCUCGGAUGCACGUGACUUUGUAUAUAACGUGGAGAAAUGGUUGAUCUACAUGCCGCGUGGGCACGCAGCCAACUGGGUCAUGGGCAACCAUGACAAUCCACGCGUCGCCUCACGCUUCGGCCCAGCCAGCGUCGAUGCCAUGAACAUGCUCCUCCUGACUCUGCCUGGGGUGGCCGUUACGUACAAUGGCGAGGAGUUGGGCAUGCUGGACUAUCGAGAAAUUAGCUGGGAGGAUACUGUGGAUCCGCCGGCACGCAAUGCUGGCGAGGAAAAUUAUAAGGAUGUAUCUAGAGAUCCGGAACGUACGCCCUUCCAAUGGAACAACGAAACCAAUGCAGGUUUCUCCAGUGCUGAGCACACUUGGCUGCCUGUGCAUCCCAAUUACUUGGAGCUGAAUCUGGCUAAGCAGCAAGAGGCUACUAAGAGUCAUUAUAAAGUCUAUAAGGCGUUGGUAGAACUGCGCAAGUCGGUCGUUUUGCGCCGCGGUCGCUUCACCAUAGAGCCUUUAUCAAGGGCCGUGUUUGCAUUCAAGCGCACGCUUAAGGAGUAUAAUACACUGAUUACCAUAAUAAAUGUGAGUGCGGAGCCGCAACUUGUGGACCUCAGUGAGUUCGUUGAUCGUCCACAGAAGCUGGUGGUGGAAGUCGCUGGUGCUGAUUCAUCCUAUGAGCCCGGCACCAGCUUUUUGGCCACGAAUGACAGUCUGAAGUUGCCGCCUCGCUCGGGCAUUGUGCUGGCUGCCCAUCAACAAUUUAUGGGUGAGCAGCGUCGAGCGCUUGUCAAACAGCUCAUCAAGUCGGCAAAUGUCGUGCUGGUGGGCCUCCUAAUGUACAAAUUGUGGCGACACAAAUGGACCAAAGUGAACUUCAAUCAGCACCACUUGAUGUAUUGAUUUUUGAGCGUACUGAUGGAUUGAUUGAUUACUGAAAUAUUUCUCGAAUUACCAUUGUCAGCGGAGAAUUUAAUUAACAACUCACUGGAGUGGACAAAUGAAAUGUUUAGCAUAAAUAUUUGUCAAUACACAUUUGGUUUUCGCUUUAAAUUUCGUUUGUACAGCCUCAAUCCGGUUUUAAUAAAACUGAAUUUUGUAACUUA